ACACACACACACACACUUUACCGUCUCAGCAGAAGGAAGAAAGAAAGGUAAAGGUGUGUGAACUAUCACACGCAUGGAUACAUUUAAAUCGAGACAGAAAUAGAGAUCAGGAGACAGACACGGAGGAGGAAUGAAGGCUGAAACUGAGGAACUGGAGCUAAAAGUUGUGGACUUGGAUUUAAAGGGUUUGGAGAACAACGUGAAAAGCAGCACGGACUCAGAGGGUGACGUGAACACAGAUGAAGCCAUGUGGCACUGGGUUCCCACCCGACGCAGACUCAUUUCGGGACUGUUCGGGAUCAACGUGGUGCUGCUGGGAGCCGCGCUGGUGGCCGGUGACACUCUGAACCCGGUCGGACUUCACCAUCACGAGCCGGAGGUGUUUUUACUGCUGCUGAUGGGGAUCAGUGUGGUGUGGAUACUGUGGUACCUGCUGUGGUCACGACGGCAGCCUGGAGCUCCUCCACACACCGAUCACCACGCGGGGGGCAUUACAAUCACCGUGGUCCUCAUGUUGUUUGCAGGAUUCAGUCUGUUGCUCCUUGUGUUCAUGAUGGCGUAUGCUGUCUUGAUGAUGGAAUGUCUGUCUGCAGCUAAAGUGCUUCUGCCCUUCGUCCAGACUCCAUUUCUCAUCCUCCAGACCUACUUACUCUGGUCUCAUUCCAAAGACUGCAUCCACAAACACAAAGUUCUCACCAGGUCUGGACUAAUGAUAAUCCUGUGCACAGACGUCUUGUUAUGGCUGAAUGCAGUAACAGAAGAUACCAUCCACAUGGAGUUAGAACUUGAGAGACAGUACAAUGAGACCAUCAGCGGUCUGAAGUCCGAUGAGGACAGAGAGAACUCGACGGAGUGUGAGUGCAGAAGGCAGCCGGCAUGCAUCGCUCUGCGUAAAGGCUACGAGGUCCUGUACCCCUUCAACAUGGAGUUCAGCCUGCUCGCUAGCUGCAUGCUCUAUGUCAUGUGGAAGAAUGUGGGGCGUCACAUGAUCAGAACACACUCGGGCCACGCCCAGAAGUUCACGCUGCGGAUUUUGUGUCACAGCGGCAUCCUGCUCGGCCUGAUCCUCGGUGUACUGGUGCUGAUCUCCGGUAUUGUGGUUUUCCUGCUGUACCAGGUGUGGAUGGGGCAGAAAGAUCUGCGUCAGGAGGCUUUUAUUAUGUUUUACAACUUUCACAUUUGCGUGAUUCCUACUAUGGUUCUGUGCUCACUGGCUGGAACGCUGGUGUAUCGCUGGAAAGAGAGUCAUGAACACAGCCAACAUCAAGGCAGAGACACUAAUGGUGGAGGAGGUGUGGCUAAAGCUGGGGGAGGUGUGUCUAAAAACCCUACACGCAGUCUGGACGUGUUGCUGCUUCUGGGUGCUGGACUCGGCCAACUCUCUCUCUCAUACUUCUCCUUGGUAGCUGCUUUGGCUCUCGGAGCCGGAGGCAUUCUGGGAAAUUUACACCUGACGUACUCGCUGCUCAGCCUGCUGGAGCUCAUACUGCAGAACAUCUUCAUCAUCCAGGCUCUGCACUCUCAAUUAUACACUCACUCACUCUCACACUCACACUCCAUCAAGAACCAGGUGGACGGUGUGAGGGCAGAGGAAGAGCUCGUCCAGAAGAUGGUCAGGAAAGAGGAGAGUAAAGACAGAGGAGGCGUGUUCUUACAUCCCAAACAUGACACUCAUCACUGGAGCAAGAGGAUCAUCCAGGAGAUCUGUACUUACCUGAUCCUCUGUAACAUCAUGUUGUGGGUGAUCCCAGCGUUCGGGGCUCACCCUCAGUUUGAGAGCGCUGUGGGGAAGCAGUUCUUCGGUUUCUCUGUGUGGUUUGUGUUGGUGAAUCUCGGUCAGCCGCUUACAGUCUUCUACAGGAUGCACUCUGUAGGAGCACUGAUGGAGCUGCUCAUCUCUGCAUGAGCGCACACACACACACACACACACACACACACACACACACACACACACACACACACACACACACACACACACACACACACACACACACACAUGACACAGUAGAUCGUCUCCAUAAAGCACAACAUUAUGGGUAAAAGCAGAAAUUUUAGUCGGUCGGUUUUAGUUUUGAAUAAAUGUAACAAUCCGAAAGUUCUUCUUCUGAUCUGAAGCAAUAAAACAAUAAACAAUAAAACUCAA